CCAAUCCUUCACAAAUAUUAUCAGCCGGGGGACUUCAUCAUAGCUGGCAUUAUUUCUCAGAUCUACAUCUCUUUUGAUCAGUUAAUGUUCAAGAAUGAUCCUUCUCUGAAAGCAGCUGGUGAGAACUUCUAUUUUAGUGCCAGCAGGACCUAUCAAACAUCAAUGGAAGUUCUCUCCACACGGGGGAGAUUCAUCCCAAACUACAAGUGUGACACUCACAACAAUCUGCUAGCUGUCAUUGGGGGACCUAGUGAGAGUGUCUUUCACCACAUGGCAACCAUUCUGCUAACCUACAAGAUUCCCCAGGUUACAUAUGCUUGUGCUCCAGUUAAGAAUGACCAAGCCCAUGCUGUCUUCUUUCAUCAGAUGUUUCCAAAUGGGGCUUAUCAAUAUAUGGGGAUUCUCCAAUUACUGCUCCAUUUCAGGUGGACAUGGAUCGGGGUGAUUUAUGCUGAUGAUGACAAUGGAGAGAGUUUUGUUCAUGAUGUACUUCCAAUAUUUUCCCAGAGAGAUCUUUGUUUUGACUUCAUAGAACGAUUCCCCAGAAUAACUUUUUUCAAUGAGAUUGAUGAAAUGCUGUCAGAAGGCUUAAAAAUAACCAGUACUGCAACAAAAAGCUCUGCAGAUGUGAUACUCAUACAUGGUGGAAGUCAUACCAUGAUGGUGAUGAGAACUUUGCUGCACUUCUCAGCAUUUGAGGAUAUACCUGUAAAGACAAAGGUUUGGAUUAUGACAGCCCAGAUGGAGUUCACAUCACUUGAUUUUCAAAGAGGGUGGGACAUAAACUUCAUACAUGGUGCAAUCUCUUUCUCUGUUCCUUCCAAGAAAUUACUAGGAUUUCAGAAAUUUAUUCAGAUGCGAAACCCUACACUGGAGAAUGAAGACCACUUCAUCAAGGACUUCUGGGAAAAUGCAUUUGCCUGUUCUUUUCCCAAAUCCAUAACAGAUAAGAAUAGUGUGCAAUGUUGUACUGGAAAAGAGAAAUUAGAGAAUCUUCCCAAGUCUGUUUUUGAAAUGAGCAUGACCGGACACAGCAACAGUGUCUAUAAUGCUGCCUACGCCAUAGCAUAUGCUUUACAGGCCAUGCAUUUAGUAAGAUUCAAGCACCCAUUAAUGGGGAGCACACAGAGAGAGAAGCUUAGGAAUCAAAAGCCAUGGCAGCUCCACAAGUUUGUCAAGAGUGUCUCAUUUAAUAACAGUGCUGGAGAAAAGAUCACCUUCAACCAAGAUGGGGAGUUAAUAGCUGGAUUUGAUGUUAUCAAUUGGGUCACAUUCCCAAACCAGUCCUUUCUUAGAGUCAAGGUUGGAAAUAUAGAUCCCAAAGCUCCCUUAGACAAAGUGCUCACAAUCAACGAAGUGGCUAUCAUAUGGCCCAGCAGGUUCAACCAGAUGCUGCCCCUUUCUGUGUGUAACGACCCUUGCCUUUUGGGUUAUAGCAGGGCAAAGAAAGAAGGGAAGCCAUUUUGCUGCUAUGAUUGUGUUCUUUGUCCAGAAGGGAAGAUUUCAGACCAGAUAGACAUGGAUUACUGUUUUCAGUGUCCAGAAGAUCAUUAUCCAAACAAUGACCAGAAUGCAUGCCUUCCAAAAGGCAUAAGUUUCCUGUCCUACGAAGAGCCUUUAGGGGUCAGUUUGGCUAUUUUUGCUCUUUCCUUUUCUUUCGUCACAGCUUUGGUGUUAGGAAAUUUUGUGAAGUACCAGAACACACCUAUAGUCAAGGCCAACAACCGGAGCCUCUCCUACAUUCUCCUUGUUUCUCUCUUCCUAUGCUUUCUUUGUGCUUUGAUCUUCCUUGGGCGACCUGAGAAGGUGACGUGCCUCAUCCGUCAAACUGCAUUUGGCAUCAUUUUCUCCAUGGCUGUUUCUUGUGUGUUGGCCAAAACCACCACUGUGAUUCUAGCUUUCAUGACAACCAAUCCAGGAUCCAAGAUAAGGAAAUGGAUUAGGAGAAGACUGGCAAACUUUAUCAUCAUUUCCUGCUCCCUCAUUCAAGCUACUCUUUGUACUGUGUGGCUUGCAACUUUUCCUCCAUUCCCAGAUUUUGAUAUGGAUUCAGUAACCAGAGAAAUCAUUGUGGAAUGCAAUGAAGGGUCGGUCGUCAUGUUUUAUUGUGUCCUGGGCUUUAUGGGGUUCCUGGCAGUUGUGAGCUUCACUGUGGCUUUCCUAGCCAGGAAGUUACCAGAUAGUUUCCAUGAAACUAAACCAAUCACUUUCAGCAUGUUGGUUUUCUGCAGUGUUUGGAUGACCUUUGUUCCAACCUAUGUGAGUGCCAAGGGGAAAUACACAGUGGCUGUAGAAGUCUUCUCCAUCUUGGCUUCCAGCGCUGGCUUAUUGGGAUGUAUCUUUUUCCCCAAAUGCUACAUCAUUGUGCUGAGGCCUGAUAUGAACAAGAGGGAGCAACUAAUAAGGAGGAAAAAAUGA